AUGGCGGCGACCGACCCCUUUAAGUGGUCCACUGCAGAAGUCGUCGAGUUUCUACAGCACAACCAGUUCGCCAGUCUUGCCCAGCAGUGGUCUGACAAUGGCCUUGACGGUCGAAUGCUGCUUGAAGAGGUUAACCACCCUUUCUUGAAGAACGACUUCGGUAUUGUUGGUGUGAAAGAGCGCAUACUUAUCAUGCAGACCAUCCGUGCACUUCGCAAGUCUUCGGCGGCGUACACUGAAUCCCUGCAUCCUGCCAUUCUGCCAUCUACACUGCUUCUACCUGCUUCCCAGCCCUCAGACCCACCCCUAGGACCUAUCGGAACCAGAGUUCGCAAGNGGGAAGAGCUUGUCGAGUCUGGCGGCUGCAAGCGCCGCAGAUUGAAUCUCGAAACCACCCUCGCCGACACUGCUUCACUGGAACAUACUCCAAUCCCGUCUGGAUUCCUGCAUGACAGCAACGGAGCUAUUCUCCCCGACACUCAACCUGGAGCAUCUCAGAGUCCAACCCUUGCAGUUGACCCCUCUUCUCAGUCCAACUCUGUCCCAAGCUCCUCUAUCCCAAACUCAUCCGGAUUCCUGCAUGACAGCAAGCACACGGUUGACGAGAUCUUCUACGGAGACACAGCCUACGGUGCAGAAGUCGAGCACAAUGAGACAGAGGACGAUGACUCCUAUGACAAUUUCACUAUCUUUGGGGGCUCCGAGUUCUCAGGCAAUGCCUCUUUCGUCUACCGUUGCCUCCAGCGCGCGUUUCAGCAAGACGAUCCGCAACCCGUCACAUACCACCGAAAAUCGGCUCUUGCAGUCUAUCCGUACUCGGAGCGAUUGCUCGAAGACAAAGACGCCAGAUCAGUCACUAUCUUCGAGCCCUCAGAAAAUGGCGUCAAGGUCAUUCGCGAGAAAGCCCAGACAUUGUCUUUCCAGCAGCAUGAGGUCGUGAACCCCCAGAUGAGUCCUGGCGAGUUCAGUUACCUUCUCGACAAGUACACGGGAACUGACGAGCUUUUGCCUACAUACGGAGACUCAGACGAUGACUCAGAUUCGGCAGAUGAUGCUGAGGCCGAAGACCCUGUCAGCGGAUCUGACGAUGACAUGGCCGAAGAAGACCCUGCUGUUGAAGCCAUCCUAUCUCAUGAACUUGUCGACUCGCUGGUCGAACAGACGAUUGACCUGCAGCGCCAGGCUUGGCGCGACAACCAGCUACCAAAGCUUGACAAGAACAAAAGCCGCAGUGUAUGGCGUCUUGCCAAAGGCAACAUGCAGAAAUCUCGCGCCUUGAUUCAAGACGCGCGCAAGAGAACCAUGCAAUUGGCCGAUAGACUUUCACGACUCAAGAAGAAUCUCAUGGACGGUACAUUCGAGACCGAACAGGAGGUCAAGCAAGCUUGUUUGACUCUUGAGCCCACUGUCCACGAUGCUCUGCACGAAGAGUGGAAGGUCAAAAUCUGGGACCUCAAAGUGGAGCCUGCAGCCACAGCAAGACAGCCCAACAAGAGCCACCGUGGUGCUACAAGAAGAACUCGUGACAGGGAGGCAUCGGAUGACGACAUGCAGGACUUUAUUGACAACGACGAGGACUUUGAAGACGCCAGAGAAAGCCUCUCUCAAGAUGGUCAUGAUUCUGAACCCGAUCUCGGCAUGCAAGAAUUGUCGUCUCAGCUUGUCCCACAAAACGAACAGGUGAUCUCUAGCGAGGACAACAACGUUCUCGUGAUGGUGGACGAAAACAUACCCGAUGCGACCGAAGUACCAGCUGACUUUGACUACGAGAUCUCUCGUGCUGGAUCUGUUGAGAUCGAGCCUCCUGAGCAGUUGACAGAACUGGACCAGACCUCCGAAUCCAUACAGACGCCUAAGAAGGACAGACUCACCGCUGGUCUGCAAGUCGAACAAGACUCUCCUGGCCUGCCCUCUCUGGAGGCGUUGUGGCAAUCCAGGCCAUCGACAACGCAAAAGCAUGUACCGAUCAUCGAAAUUACGUCAAGCCCUGCUAAGCCUACUUCGACGCAUACGACAACUCAAUCGAGCCCUCUGAAGAAUUCCGAUGUCAAGCAAGAGCAGGAAAUGCCUAAAGAGAUCACGUAUUCGAAAAACCCAGACAACGAUUCCUUGAAGCAAAUUCGAAGCUGGAACUACGAGGAUCUCGAAGAGGAACGGGACAGAAGACGAAUGCUUUACGUACUAGCGUCCACCAUGAGCGAUGAGCGACUUGAGUCACUUGCGCGUCUCCUCACCAGCAACAUGACGAGUUGUCUCGCAAAAGUCAGAGCUGCCAUUUCUGCUAUAAAUGAGGGAAGUGAAGUUUUCGAUGGCUACGAUGAAACGGACUUCGAAGUCAUGCGAGAUGCCGCCAGGAUCUACUUGGGCUUUCUCCACAUAGACCACAGAUUCUUCGACUCAGACCCAUCCGAGUUUGCUUCUUUCGAACACGAUUGGCCAUGGGACGGUGAGGACGAAGAGUACGCCAAUGACCUGCGCGUGUGGCAUAGAUACACUUGGGUAGCAUUGAAGCGUUUCAAGAAAGGUGCUUCAACCGAGAAGCGCGAAGUGGUCAACUUAGACAGCGAUGAUGAGAUCGAGAUUGCCAAAUCAGGCCAUUCGAGCACCCGCAAGAGAAAAGUCAAGAGAGAUGACGACGCGGCCAGAAAACGCGCCAAGGCAGCCGAGAGAGCUGCGAACUACGAAUCUCAGCAGCAAUACAGCCAAAACGGCUCAUUCAUGGCUGGCGAGGAUGGAGUGAGCGAGGUGCCUCUCUACGCGCCGGAUGACGUGGACCCUUCCGAACAUGUCUAUCUCAACAAUGCCAUCGCCAAACGCUUGAAGCCACAUCAAAUUGAGGGCGUCAAGUUUAUGUGGAGAGAGAUCACUGCGCCCGAGGAAGAAGAUGGACAGGGCUGCCUGUUGGCUCACACAAUGGGUCUGGGCAAGACAGCUCAGAGUCUGGCUCUUCUCACCGCAGUAGCUGAGACCGUGAAGGAUAAAGAGAAGCGCGAUGCCCUCCCUGAGGACCUGAAANAGGCUAAGAACAAGCUCAGAGUACUCAUAUUGUGUCCACCGGCUCUCAUGGCGAACUGGAAGCAGGAAAUCGCCAUGUGGUGCCCUCACAAGCUGUUCAACGUCUUCAGCCUGAGCAGCGAAACACCAGGCAAGGCAGAGAGACUCGAUGAGCUAAAGAGUUGGCGCCAUCUAGGCGGCAUCAUGCUUUGCGGGUAUACAAUGUUCACCAAGUUGAUCAAUCGAAAGGGUGGAAAGACGCAAGCUUUCAAUGAUGCAGAACAUGCGUUGGUCACGAAGUUCCUUCUGCAGAAACCUCACAUUGUUGUUGCCGAUGAAGUCCAUUCGAUCAAGAACGACUCAAGCAAGACAUCUCUGGCUGUUCAUAAAAUCAACACCCAACGCCGCAUCGGUCUGACAGGAUCACCUAUGAGCAACAAUACCGCAGAGAUCUUCGCUUUGAUCGACUGGGUCGCACCCAAGUUCCUAGGCAGCAAAGUCGAGUUCAAAGCAGAUUACCAGGAACCAAUCGAAGCAGGAACAUACUUCGACAGCACCAGAUAUGAAGUCCGAAAGUCUAUGACCAAGCUCGCAGCAUUGAAACGAAUCAUCGCUCCAAAGCUCAAUCGUGCCGACAUUACGGUUCUCAAAGGUUCGCUCAAGAGCAAGGUUGAAUUCGUUCUGACAAUUCCCUUGACUGAACAGCAGAAGUUGGGCUACGCAACUUAUGUCAAAGAGAUCCUCGGUGGCAAAGCUGGUGAGGAAGGCACAACAAUCACACAGGUCAAACUCUUUGGGUGGCUGUCCAUCCUACAGUUGUUGUGCAAUCAUCCUAUCAUCUUCCGUCGUAAGCUACUUGAGCCCAUCAACAAGCAAAAGAAGGGCAAGAGAAACACGCUCGAUGCUACAGAGAUUGAAGUCCCUGCAGACUCACCCACCGCAGGCCCGUCUACAGCAGGCCCGUCUACAGCAGGCACGCUAGCGACAGACUCUCCUGUUCCAGCAUCAACAGUAGUCACAAUUGCUGAGACUGCUCGUGCACAUGAAGAACUGCCAGUCGUUGACGAGGACGCAGCUUACGCAGAUGCCCAUAUCUCUCAGUAUGACAUCAACAAGGCUAUAGUAGAUGCUUUGCUCGAAGUUGUACCUGAAGAUGACUCUAUUGAGCUAUCCUACAAGACUCUGCUCGUCCGAAAGAUUAUGCGUCUUUCGAUCGAAGCUGGUGACAAGGUUCUCAUCUUCUCUCAGAGCAUCCCUUCUCUAAACUUCUUGGACUACAUGCUGUCAAGCACUAGAGCCCGUUAUAGUCGCAUCCAAGGAAACAUGCCCCAGGACAAGCGUGAGAAGGUGCUGAAGUCGAUGGCUGAUGGCAAUCUAGAUGUUUUGCUCAUAUCCACUCGUGCUGGAGGCCUUGGCUUAAACAUCCAACAGGCCAAUCGUGUCAUCAUCUUCGACUUCGCAUUCAAUCCCACUUGGGAGGAGCAAGCAAUUGGACGAGCUUAUCGUCUGGGACAGACUAAACCUGUGUUCGUCUACCGCUUCGUCGCUGGCGGAACAUUCGAAUUCUCACUCUACGACAAGCAACUCUUCAAGACAGGUCUCUCUUCUCGCGUCGUGGACAAGAAGAACCCUAUACGCAAUGCGAACAAGAAGCCCGGCGACUGGUUGAAGGCACCUUUCGAUGUUCAACAACAGGACAUUAGUGCUGAAGCCGGCAAGGAUGAACAUGUAAUGGACAAGAUCAUCGCAAGCCAGGGUGGCGAUCAGGACGAGUUCAUCCGUAGUAUCAAGACUAUGGAGACUUUGAUGGGAGAGUCGAAGGAUGAGGCUUUGACUGCAGAGGAGAUGCAAGAGGUUGAGAUUGAAGUAUUGAAGGCAAAGACUCGCAAGCUCGCAGGUGGCCCUGCUACUUUGGCACCACCUCUACCUGCAGGCUCUCACCCAGUCGGUUCUGGUACAAGCUUUGCUCUGCCUGAUGUGGCUGGCUCGUCGCCUACUCCAAACGGAAGAGUUGUUUCGAGAUACUAA